AUGACAGAUAUAAAGUCAAUUCUGUAUGCUUGGUGCGGUAAAAAGAAAUGUGUACCAGAAUAUGAAUUUAAUUCAGUUGGCCCAAAACAUAAGCAAAGAUUUAAGUGUGAGGUGAGAGUAGAAGGGUUUGACUAUAUAGCCGUUGGAAAUUCAACCAAUAAAAAGGAUGCCCAAGCUAAUGCUGCUCGAGAUUUUUGUCAACAUUUAGUAAGACAGGGUUUGAUGGCACCAGCUGAACUCCCUGAUUUUGCUUCUGCUCCUAGUGUGUUUAAAUCAGAGGGAGAAGCAGCACCAUUACCAGGUGGACGACAGGCCCCCCACAUUGGUUUAGAAUUGGGUGGGCCUAGUGUUUCUCAGCAAGGUUCCAUGAGAGAAUUUCCACGUUAUGAGCGAGGUCCACCACAAGAAUAUUUAGAUAGAUUAGCUGAUGAAAGAAGAGUAGCUGAGUCAGAAGAUGUUGAUUUAAAUGCAGAUCUCCAUGGCAAUUGGACAUUGGAGAAUGCUAAAAGUCGCCUUCAUCAGUUUUUACAGAUGAAUAAAAUACAGACAGAUUAUAAGUAUAAUGUAGUGGGCCCUGAUCAUAACAGAAGUUUUCUAGCUGAAAUGAGUUUCUAUGUAAAACAGUUAAGACAGAAUAUCCAUUCCAAAGAGCAUGGUUCCAAUAAACAAGUAGCAUCAAAAUCUUGUGCUCUAUCUUUAGUCAGACAGUUAUAUCAUAUGAAAGUGAUUGAGGCUUUCACGGGUCAGAAAAAGAAAAAGGAAUCUGAGCAGAUACCUCCAUUAGAAGUAGCUAUAAGUGAAGAAUUGGACUCUCACAUCAAUGAUGUUUUGGGCAAAUGGAAUCUUCAACCAACCCAUAAGGUUGCUGCUGAAGAUGGAAAAGGAUUGUCGUUGUUAUGUCCCUUGUCUUUGGAUGAAUUUGAGCCUGCUCGUAAGCGUGGUGGCGCAGGUGUUGUUUCAUGGUCACCACCACAACCUAACUGGAACCCUUGGUUGAACUGUAAUAUUGAUGAAGGCCCAUUGGCUACGGCCUCAUUAGAUGAAAUUAGUCAAGAUUUGUUUAACAAUCUAGAAAGGCAAAGAAAUGAAGAUUCAGCUUUACAAACUAUGUUAGAUGAUAGAUCUAAGUUACCAGUGAGUCAAUCCCAUGAUCAUAUUUUACAAGCUGUCAAUCAAUCACCUAUUAUAGUUAUUAGAGGUGAAACAGGGUGUGGUAAAACAACACAGGUUCCUCAAUUUAUAUUAGAUCAAAUGAUUAACCAAGGUCGUGGUUCAGAGUGUAAUAUUAUUGUCACUCAGCCCAGAAGAAUCAGUGCCAUAUCCAUUGCUGAGAGAGUGGCUAAUGAAAGGGCAGAAAAUUUGGGUAUUUCCACUGGUUACAGUGUAAGAUUUGAGACAGUCAUGCCUAGAGCAUACGGUUCUAUAAUGUACUGUACAGUUGGUAAUGAACUGAAGAGAAUUUAUUAUGGUAUUCUUUUGAAGUGUUGCAAUACUGAUUUUCUACUGGUUAUGUUAAGGGAUAUGAUUCAUGCUUUCCCUCAGUUACGUGUUGUUUUGAUGUCAGCCACAGUGGAUACUUCAUUGUUUUGUGAUUAUUUUGAUAACUGUCAGGUAGUAGAGGUUUAUGGAAGAGCUCACCCUGUUCAAGACUAUUUCUUAGAAGAUUGUGUACAGAUGUUAAAUUUUGUUCCACCUCCCCCUGACAGGAAAAGAAAAAGGGGUGGAGAGAGUGCAGAUGGACCUGCUGAUGAUGAAAAAGAGGAAAAUUGUAAUGUUAAUAUCAGUAAUGAAUAUUCACCAUCAACAAGAGCUGCUAUGGAAAUGUUGAAUGAAAAAGAAAUGUCUUUUGAAUUGAUUGAGGCAUUAUUACGAUAUAUUAAAGGAUUGAAUAUACCUGGUGCAGUAUUAAUAUUUUUACCAGGAUGGAAUCUCAUCAUGGCACUACAAAAAUAUCUUGAACAAAGUCAAGAAUUUGGAACCAACAAAUAUCGUGUAUUACCCUUACAUUCUCAGAUUCCAAGAGAAGAUCAAAGACGUGUGUUUGACCCGGUCCCACCAGAUGUGACUAAGAUUAUUCUUUCUACCAAUAUUGCUGAAACUAGUGUGACUAUAAAUGAUGUUGUUUAUGUCAUAGAUUCCUGCAAAGCCAAAAUGAAGUUGUUUACCUCUCAUAAUAAUAUGACUAAUUAUGCCACUGUCUGGGCAUCCAAGACUAAUUUAGAACAAAGACGAGGUCGUGCAGGACGUGUUAGACCAGGCUUCUGUUUUCACUUGUGUAGUAGAAACAGAUAUGACAAGUUGGAUCAACAUACCACACCAGAGAUAUUCCGAACUCCUCUACAUGAAUGUGCACUGUCUAUUAAGUUAUUGAGAUUAGGAGAAAUUGGUACUUUCUUAGCAAAAGCAGUAGAACCUCCACCAUUAGAUGCUGUUAUUGAGGCCCAGGCUACCCUAAGACAAAUGAGAGCAUUAGACAGUAAUGAUGAAUUAACACCAUUGGGUAGAAUUUUAGCUAGAAUGCCAAUUGAACCACGACUUGGAAAAAUGAUUAUUUAUGGAUGUAUUUUCUAUGUAGGAGAUGCUAUGUGUACUAUUGCUGCAAGUACAACGUUUCCAGAACCUUUUGUAACACAGGUUGACAGAAGAAGAUUAGGUUGGGUGCACAAAAGUUUAGCUGGAAAUCGUUGCAGUGAUCAUGUGGCUUUGUUAAAUGCUUUUGGAAUGUGGGAAGAAGCUAGAUGUGGAGGUGAAGAUAAUGAAAUGUAUUUUUGUGAUCAGAAAUCUUUGUCAAUGACUACAUUACGUAUGACAUGUGAAGCUAAGAAUCAAUUGAGAGAUAUUUUAGUGAAUGUUGGGUUUCCAGAAGAAAGUUUGAUGCCACAGACAUUUAGUUUUACUGGACCUGAUAAUAGAUUAGAUGUGGUAAUAACGUUAUUAUGUAUGGGUUUAUAUCCUAAUGUCUGUUAUCAUAAAGAGAAACGUAAGGUUUUAACACAGGAAUCUAAAGCUGCCCUGGUUCACAAAUCUUCAGUCAACUGUAGUAAUCAAGAAAUCAAGUUUCCAUCUCCUUACUUUAUAUUUGGUGAAAAGAUUCGAACACGUGCAGUAUCUUGUAAACAAAUGACAAUGGUAACUACUAUACAGUUGUUGUUAUUUGGAGGAAGAAAUGUGAACUUAGAAGGAGAACUAAUUGUACUAGAUGGAUGGAUAAAUUUUAAGAUGGAUUUUAAUGUAGCUGCUAAAAUUGUGGCUUUAAGACCAGCAUUAGAAGCUUUAAUAGUGAGAGCAACCAAGGAACCUGAAGGAAUAGCUGAACCUGGUGAACAGGAAGAGAGUCUUUUAAAAAUCAUCAGAGAUUUGUCGAGACCUAACGCUGGCAAGUUUGGUCUUGAUCAAGAUAACCCAAAUUACAGAGGAAUCAAGGAACCAAGAAUGAGUUAUGCAGAUAGAGGAGGUAGAGGAAGGGGGUUUGGAGGAGGUGGUUAUGGUAGCGGAGGUGGUUUCAGAGGUGGUUUUGGUAGAGGGGGUUUCAGAGGUGGUUAUUGUAGCGGAGGCGGUUAUGGUACCAGAGGCGGUUAUGGUAGUGGAGGCGGUUACAGAGGUGGUUAUGGUAGCGGAGGCGGUUACAGAGGUGGUCAUGGUAGAGGAGGUGGUUUUAGAGGACGUGGGGGGUUCAGAGGAAACUAUUAA